AAGAAGAUCUGCCAAACGCCAAAGAAAAGAGGGUGCGAAAAGCGCAAGAAAGGAAAGGAAAGGAAAGAGAGAAAAGAAAAAAAAGUGUUCGGUCGACGUUUUGUUCGCGAAUCAGAAUUUAAUUUUUGCGUGUGUAGAACAGAAAAUAAUCGCGUAAAUUUGUUCGGUUUUUGUCUCGUAGUGACAUCGGUUCCGUUCCGUCGUCGUCGUCGGGUUGAAGUUCCGUCGCGUUAACCAAGAACAAGCAAGAGGACGAUUCCUCUGGUCUUUUUCCUCUUGUCACUUUGCUUGGAAGAAAAGAAAAGGAAAAAAAAACUAUCGACCACCGCAAGCUGGACUAGGUUCCGUCCGGUGGGCUGCCGGAACCGGAAUCCGGAGGGAGGCCACGGCAAGCCAGAUUGGCAAAGGAGGAUUUGCCGAUGUAAAAGAAGAAGGGUCAUCGCUCGCAGGAGGAAGCAAUAAGAAAAAGACAAAAUUAUCAAGAAGGAGGUAGCCUGCCUGCCGGGAACGGGAAGAAGAAUCUGUUUUCGUUUGGUUCGAUUUGAAGGAUCCGGUUUGGCACCGGGGAAGAAGCCUUACCGCAAAAUACCUCCAAAACUAGCCCGCUUCACCCACCAACCCGUAUCGUAACGUUCGUCGCGCUUUCGUCGUCGGUUCGCGUCCUGGGCCAUGAGCUCGAACGCCCCCGCGUCGUCGGGACGGGGCAGCGGUGGUCGCGGAAACGGUGGUGGUGGCGGCGGCGGCGGUGGCAAACGCCAACAGGCCCUGUACAGCCCGGGCAGCGGUCCGCUUCGCAAGUCGGAGAAUUCCGGCUCGAAUCGGUCGUUGAAUUCGAUUGACGGUCCGCCGGCGGCGGCUUCUGGACGGGACCGGGACCGGGACUGGAUCACGAGCGAUGGCUGGAGGUCGGUCAAUAAGAAGAGUGGUGGAGGUGGUGGUGGUGGCGGAGGGAAGAAGCACGAUUACUACGGUGGAGGGCCUCCGCCGGGGUUCCGGCAGGCGUCGGAACCACGGGUGCUGUCGAGCAAUCCGCCGAACGUGAACUACAACCGCCCGAUGGAGCGGCUUCGGAACGAGCGGGACACGCGCAGCGUAGAUCCCAGCUUCGGAGGAGGUCGGGGAAGCUCGAAGAAACCGCCGUUGCCUGCCAACUUCGAGAGCCUUCCGCCGCGGCUUCAGCGCAAGUGGCUCGCCGACAAUCACCUGCCGCCGGACUACCUGGAGACGCUGCGGGCCGAGCAGGCGGCCAACAACGCCGCCCAUCCGCCCCAGAGCUGGUCGCACACGUUGCCCAUUUCACCCCGGUCGCGGCAGGGCAUGCGAAGUGGUGGCGGCGGCGGCGGCCGGAAUCGAUACUCAGGAAGCUACCAAUCGGCUGGGAAUUAUCAACCGUCGGGACCGCCACAUCCACCUCCGGUGCAGCAACAGCAGCCGGAUUACCGGGCGAGGACUCCGGUGGACUACCAGCGGCCGCGCAGUCGAUCGUCGGACGUGGGCGGCGAUCCGGAGCAUGACUUUGACAGGCCUCCGAGGCCAAACUCGCGCAACUCGAGCUGUGACGAUGGCCGGUGGAGUGGAGGGAAUUACGGACCGGCGUCGGUUCCCGUUGGAGGGCGUGGCUUUGACGGGAGGGGUGGCAUGUCCAGGAAUCGGAAGCACUCGGACGGGGGGAGUCGGAUCGAGGAGGACGAGGGCAGGAAGAUUCUGGGGAAGAUUGAUUGGGCGGACGACGUGGAGCGGGAAGCGAUGCAAGAGAAGACUGCUAGCAACAUGAACUGCAACGCAAACAUCAAUAACAACAUGAACAGUAACAGCAACAGCAACAACAGUAGCAAUAGAAAUCGGAGGCGGAACCGAAGAAAUGGAAACCGUAAAAAGUUGAAAGGACCAGCCAACUCCCGCUCCAGCAACGACUACUACGACGACCACCAUCCGCAAUCGGGUCCCAGCUUCAAGGUGCCGUACCCACCCAAGGGCGGCGGCCCUCCCGGCAGCAGUGGGGGCCGCAGCCGUCGCAACUCGCAGUCGUCCAACAUGAGCCGCGAAAAUAGCAUGGAUCGCGGUGGCAACUUUGAUCGGCGGAGUGGUGGCGGAGGAGGUCGCGGUGGCAAGCAGCACUUCAACAACCGGGAGAAUAGUCAGGACCGGUACUGGGGCCACCGGAAGGGCGAAGGGCGGUUCAGCAAUAGCCGGGACAACAGCGUUGAGAAGCGAGGGCCGCGGAAUGAUUCGGUCAACUGGAGGGGGAUGGAGGGCGACAAGACGGACGUGAAGAUCGCCGAGAUGACGAAGCAGUUUGAGGAGCAGAUUGGGAUCCAGAAGGGGCCGGGGGUGUUGGUGCUGCCGCCGAAGAUUCCGACGGAGCGGGGAGAGGAGCACGUGAGGGAAGAGUCGAGAGCGUUGUUCGAUCCGAGGAAUCCGGACAGGCCGAUUAUGGUGAAUCCUGCGCAGACGCGGAACUACGUUCCGCCGGAAAAUCUGGAAGGUGAGACGCGGAAGCGCGUGACCAGUGGCAACGCGACUCCCGGUGCUCGACCAGCCUGGUACGACACCACGUCUCCGCAAGCCGCCCUGCUCCGCAAGAAAGAAAUGGUCCGUCAGCUUGAAGGCGCCGACGCCCGUCUCCAGGAGCUGCUCCUCUCUGUCAACCUGUUCCGCGAGUGGGACGUCUACGUCGCCAUCCGGACCGAACUCCAACGCCUCCUCGAGUCUUUCCUCCUGUCCGAGAUGCGCUUCUCGCAGGACGUCAACCUGGAGCACCACUUCUGGAAGCUGCUCUACUACAACAUCAUCGAGCACAUGCGAAAACUCCUCGCGGAAGACCCGGACCCCCAGAAUCGUGCCUACUACCGCGAGAAAGCGCUCGAAAUCAUCGAAAACGGAACGCAAUUCUUCGAGCACCUCCUCACCCUCCUCGAGAAACAGUUCGUGUUCUCGCUGGAAAAGUUCAUCGGCCCGAACGCCGCCACCAACACGAAGGGCCUCAAGUGCGGACUGGCGCUCGUGUCCGCCCAAAAAGUGUUCCUCUUCCUGGGCGAUCUGGCCCGGUACCGCGAGCAGGUCAACGAGGCCAACAACUUCCGCAAGGCGAAGCAGUGGUACGUCAAGGCGCAGCAGAUUCUGCCCAAGAAUGGCCGGCCGUACAACCAGCUGGCGCUGCUUUCCGUUUACGCUAAACGUAAAAUUGACGCCGUGUACUUUUACAUGCGAAGUCUGAUGUCGUCGAAUCCGUUCGAGUCGGCGCGCGAAAGUCUCAUGGAUCUGUUCAACGAGACGAAGAAGAAGCAUAAGCUUUUGUACGAAAGCAGUCAGCGGAAGCGCGAGGAGAAGAAUCGGGCCCGGCUCAAGGAGAAGGAGCACCGGUUCGAUGGGCACCUGCGGCGCGAAACUUGGAUCCAUCCGGAGGGUGGUUCCCGGGUGCACCGGACCGUUCCGUUGGAUCCGACGCUGGCGGGACGGUCGCCCGGGGAUUCGAGUGGUGAGGAGGAAGAGCAAGAGCUGAGGCAGCUGGAUUCGAUCGAGCUGAACAAGCGCUUUAUUGUGAGCUUUUUGCACGUGCUCGGGAAGUUGAUCACGAAGACCGGGAUGGAGUCGUUCCAGCCGUGCGCGGUGCAGAUGCUGCGCGAGUUCCGGGCGCUGAUCCAGCACUCGCCGCUGGCGGUGACCUCGUACCGGCUGCUGCAGCUGAUGUCGCUGAACAUGUUUGCGAUCGAGAUUACCAAGUUGAAAGACGCAUCGAUCGCUCCCGGUGCCCGGUCCGAGGUCCAGGAAUGCGCCCUCUCCGUCGGUCUGCUCAUGUUCGGCAUCAUCCUGGAGCGGUUCAUCCACGUCAUCCAGGACGCGUCGUCCAAAUCCAUGGACAAUGGCCCGGCGACGUCCACCGCCGAGAACCUGCAGGAACUGGCCAAGUCCGCUCCGUCCUCCUCCUCCUCCUCGAACUCAACCUCCUCAGUCCAGAACAGUAGCAGCGGUCACGGGAAGGAUGGCAGCUCGAGGACAUGCAACGAAGGUGAUGGCCGACAGAAACUGGUACUGCCCGAGGAUGCCAAGGCGAUUCUUCCGGCGAUUAAGGUGUGGUGCGACUGGAUGCUUUAUCACACGGGCACGUGGAAUCCACCGCCGUUCUGUACAGACUACAAAAUAGGUGCUUCCACCGGGCACGAUCCCUGGUCCGGGUUGUCCGCGCUCAUGACGCUGCUGGCCCGGCUCGACACCAACAAGGAGAUUCUGCAGGUGGUGACCCAGGAAGAUUCUUUGGCAGACUUUGAGGUCGUCCGGCUGCAGGAGGACAUCACGCUGGCCGGGUUCACGCCGCUCAUGUACAACGUGCCGGAACCGAUCUUUACCCACAAGGACCGGGACAUGGAGGAGGCGCAGAAUGCACUCCGCGUGCAGAAACUUAUCUUCUUCGGGACGGGUUGCCUGUGCAAGUGUGACCCGCCGGUGCUGCGGAAAACGGUCACGACCCGGACGCGAACCUCCCAGGUCGCCGGGGAGGUCACCGAGGAGCUGUUUGAGAGUGUGGUACAAAAUCGAAUAGAAGGGUCGAGCGACUCGGAGAUCCUGCUGGAGAGCUUCAGCGAGGACGAGGGUGAGACGUCGGUGGCGGAAGUUGCGACGCCAAAGUCCACGAAAGCCAACUGUGAUCAACCGCAAAGCAAAAGGAAGUCUGGUCAGAAGGAGCCGGCGAAAGGGCAGGACGACGAAAGUAGGAAAAAUAAUAACAAUACUUCCUCAAACGCAAAGUCUGGAAGUAGCAAAAAGCAACGCAGCAGUGGGAAUGCCAAUAGCAGUAACAACAACAACAACAACAACAAUAGUAGCAGUAACAAUAACAGUAGUCCUAGUACCAAUAGUGCAAAUAACAACAAUAACAGUGAGGUGGCGACGACGCCGAAUGUGGAGGAAUCGGUGACCCAAAGCAGUCAGGAGAUCCGGAAGUUGCUGCGUCGGAAGGAUGAGCUGGAGCGGCGCCAGAAGAUGCAGGAGCGGUACAGCGAGCGGUUGCAGGACAUCCUCUCCCAGAGCACGAUCGCGCUCAACAUCGAGGUCCGGCCCCGGUUUCUGGUUCCGGACACCAACUGCUUCGUGGACUACCUCCGGGACAUUGAGAGCAUCGCCAAGGCGCAUCCGCUCUACCAGCUGAUGGUUCCCAUCGUUGUAAUCAACGAGCUGGAGGGCCUCGCCAAGGGCAUCAAACCUGCGGUGAACGCCUCAGGCAUCAUUGCGUCCAAGCUGGCGGCCGGCAUCUCGGUGCAACCGACCCCCGCCCCGGCACCGUCCUCGUCGAGGAUAUCCGUCGACCGUCGGUUCGAUCCGCAGCACGCCGAAAAAGUGGCGGAAGCUUCGAAGCAGGCGCUGCACUUUAUCAAACAGAAGCAUCCCGCGCUGAUGUGCGUUACGACCAAGGGCUCGAUCCUGAAGCCGACCACGUGCACCUUCCUGGAGGACGUCGGCGAGCAAAAGUCCAACGACGAUAAGAUUCUGGAAACUGCCUUAAACCUGAUCCGGAACAGCACCGAGGAGAAGAGGGGUGAAGUUCGGUACAUCACGCGCGACGUCGUGCUGCUCACGACGGACCGGAACCUGCGCGUGAAGGCCCUCUCGAACGAUCUGCCGGUGCGCGAACUGCCCGACUUUAUCAAGUGGGCCGGCCUCGGUUUCAUCGGUCUUUCUUAGUUAGGCUCCCGAAAAUAACUAAAAUUAAUCCUACCACACAAAUUCGACAUCGACGACCACUUUUCUUCACUCAUUUUUUUUUGUUGUUUAAAUAAUUGAAAGUGUGAAAGUGGGGAAAAAAGAAGAAUUGAGAGGGAAAAAUAGUUAUCUCGUUUGUUCGAUUUUUAUUUUAGGUUUUUUUUUAAAUAUUUUUUAAAAACUCAAACUAUUAACGAAUUUUACAUAAAGCGCGAUUAUAAUUACAGUUUUUUUUACUCUCGGCUAGAAAGUAUAACUUAUCGAAUGGCAAAGAGCUAGCAGAAGGCGACGAAGAAACCUAAAACAAGAAAACAAAAGAUUGUUAAAUUUAUGCUUACUCUCCGUAUAAGACAAACACACUGUUUCGACUGUUGUAGACUGUAAAUAUACUUAUUAUUAACAAUUUUGAAAGAAAACGCCCUCCCCCACCCCCGAAUCGUUUAGACUUGUUCGCCUUAUUAUCCGUUCUUAUUUUUGGACAUUUUUUUAUUUCCUAUUUUAAACUGAUUGAACGAAGUUUGACUGAAAAGAUUAAGUUUUCAAACGUGCUUGUUCCUCCUAAGCAAAUAUGUUAUUAACUCGUAGCAGCAACAAAACAAAAAAAAUACAAAAACAAACAACAAAUAGUGCUAGCGAAAUGAGAAAGAAAAGUAGAAAAGAAUUGCGUGACAGAGCAUGAGAAUGAGAGAAAGAGAGAGAGAGAGAGAAAAAG